CUGUGGUGUGCACACACACUCACACACACACACACACACACACACACCACACACUCUCAGCGACACUCUCUGGCAGAGCUCAGCAGCCUGGGGGACGCGCACACACCGACACAAAGACCAAACACACAGCUGAACCCAGACGGCAGCGACUGGCGCGGCUCUCCAGCACACCACAGGUUGCUGUCUAGGAUGGCGGGUAUGAAGGAGCAGCAGUUCACGGAGGAGAAGCCCCUGCUGCCUGAGCAGAGAGGACUCGACUCAGAGAUGCAGGAUAGAGGAGAAGGGGUGUCGGGGGGGCUGCCCUGCCCCGCCGGCCCUGAGCCCCUUACUCAACCCCCUCCCCCCAGCCGCCCCACUCACCGCUGGCAUGUCAUCGCGCGGCACUGGCUCCGCCAGACCCGCCGUCGGACCAGCGGGGUCAUCCCGGAGAGCUGUGAGCAGCUGAUGCCGGCAGGAGACUGGAAGGAACAUGAUGUGGAAACCCCCUACGGGAUGCUGCAUGUGGUGAUCCGCGGGGCGCCCAAAGGGAACAAACCUGCCAUCCUCACCUACCAUGAUGUGGGACUGAACCACAAGCUGUGCUUCAACAGUUUCUUCCAUAAUGAGGACAUGCAGGAGAUCACCAAACACUUUGUGGUGUGCCACGUCGACGCCCCGGGACAGCAGAUUGGAGCUUCACAGUUUCCACAGGGAUACCAGUAUCCCACCAUGGACCAGCUGGCUGGGAUGCUGCCCAGUGUGGUGCAGCACUUUGGAUUCAAGAGCAUCGUUGGGAUCGGAGUGGGAGCCGGAGCUUACAUACUGGCCAAGUUUGCUCUGAUUUUUCCUGACCUGGUGGAGGGUUUGGUUCUGCUCAACAUCGAUCCAAAUGGGAAAGGCUGGAUCGACUGGGCUGCCACCAAGCUGUCAGGUCUGACCAGCGCUCUGCCAGAUACAGUGCUGCCUCACCUUUUCAGCCAGGAGGAGCUGAUGAGCAACACAGAGCUGGUUCAGAGCUACAGGCAACAGAUCAACAACACCAUCAACCAGUUCAACCUGCAGCUCUUCUGGAACAUGUACAACAGCCGGAGGGACCUGGAGAUGAACCGCAGCGGGACGGUGAUCAACGCCAAGACCAUCAAGUGUCCUGUGAUGCUGGUGGUGGGAGACAACGCCCCCGCUGAGGAGGGAGUGGUCGAAUGCAAUUCCAAACUGGAUCCCACCAACACCACCUUCCUCAAGAUGGCUGACUCUGGUGGCCUGCCGCAGAUCACACAGCCUGCCAAGCUGACCGAAGCCUUUAAGUACUUCCUGCAGGGAAUGGGCUACAUUGCUUAUGUGAAGGAUCGGAGGUUGAGUGGAGGGCCAGUGCCUUCUGCCAGCAUGACCCGCCUGGCUCGCUCCAGGACGGCCUCCCUGACCAGUGCCAGCUCCAUUGAUGGGUCCCGCUCUCGGGCCUGCACCCACUCCGACAGCACCGAGGGGGUCGGCCAGGUCACCCACACCAUGGAGGUCUCCUGCUGAGAAGGCAGCCGGCUGGCAGGAGACGGAGGGAGGGAGGCGGGAGGAGGGAGGGGGCAGAUGACUGGAGAGAGGAAGAGAGAGAGAGAGAGAGAGAGAAAGGGAAAGGGAUGAAAGUGCAGAGGAGGCGGUGGCGGGCAGGGAGAGACGGGCUGGAAGAAAGUGCAGAGAGGACGGCAGGUGGGAGGCGACGGCCAUGAGAGUCUGAAGUUCCUUCCAGCGCUCUCUCCAUCUUCAUCUGUCUCCUCCAGAUCCCUGUGUCCACCAUCUUCCUCCCUCCCCCACUGUAUAAUAACAUAUGUAUUGCUACUACCCCCCCACCACCACCUCCAACCAGCCCCCAAACCACAGACACCCUGAAACGUCCACCUUCACCCUACACCUGUCACCCAACACCUACAACUUAAAACCCCUUUUUUUCUUGAAGUGUCAUAUUUGUGUUUUGCUCAGUGUCUCCUCAUCCUUUGCCUGCUCCCCUUUAAACCCCCCAGCCUAAAAAAAAAAAAUCAAAGAAAGCCUAAAACAUGUCUGUCAACGAGCCACACAGCAAUAUGUGCAACAGAACGGGCCGCUGACACUGAUGUGACGUGGAAACGAGGAGGCGACGGGAGGUAACACGCAGCAUCACCAAAACAAGCAGGUUAUGUUUUUCUCUCUGUGGACCAAAGUGUGAGCAUCUCUCUCUGUGCCGGGUUGGGAGGGAAUGACAGGAAUGACAGGAGAGGCCAUUUUAACUCUGUGACUCACUGUUGACCUUAUUCACACGGCAGCCAUUUUGACAGCUGCGCUCACGGGGCAAAUGUAAUAAAAAGCAAAGCGACAGCCGUCUGGAUUCUUCGGAUCGCCAGAUUUCUCAUGCUUGUCGGUGUGAAUCUGUGCAGCGGUGAAUGUCUGCGUGAUGCACCGAGCCGCUGAGGCUCUCAAACUGGACGCCGGAUGAAUCAGGUCAAUAGGGGGGUGUGUCCUGAAUUUUACAGACCACUGGAGCACAGCCUGCCGUAGCGACGUACACCUGUAGUGCUGUGAGGAGAGCCGUUAGCAUUUCGUAGCAUACUUAGCGCACACGAGCGCUUUAAAGCUGCACAAAACUAGAUGUUGAUGUAAAACUAGGUGAAGUACCAGGCCACUAGACCACCAGGGAGCUGAUGCUUCGCUAUUUUUUUAAUUUUUUAUUAUUGCUGUGAGAAUGAGUAUUUGUACAUGAUAUGGCCAUGAUAGGUAUAGGUGGUGUUUUGUAUGAGUGCGACGGACAUGAGUGACCUGCAACACGGCUUGUUUGGCGUGCCAUGUAAUGAGCGUCAUGCAGUGUCUUAUGCAGCCGAUGUAGCGUACAGACUGUGAAGCACUUUGAUCAGCGUGUGGAAAAAACAACGAACCCAAGUCUCCCACGCAGACGGCCGUGACGUUUAGCACUCUCUCAUUCUCAUUCUCAAUCUAUGUAAAAUCAAUUCAGAAUGAAAAUGGUCAAUAUCUUUUUUUUUUUCCCCCCAAUUUGAAUCUUUGUUUUAGUUGUGUGCAGUCCCCCUGUUUGCAGAUGUUCCAACAUCUUUGCCCCAAAUACAUUUUAAUGCGUGAUCCAUGUUUUUGCAAAAAGUAAAAAACAAAAAAAAAAAGUUAGAGUUGCAUCCUUAUUAGUUUCAGUUCUUACGAGGUCGUGUGAGCGUGCCGUGUGCAGGUCACUGAUGUCACAGGAUGUCUGCGUAUUGAAGUAACUCUUGCUGUUUUGAUUUUUGGAGCACUAAAGUGCAAAAUUGUGCCUAGUGAAGCUUUAAUCCACGUGCCAUUUUCCAUUUACAAGACAAUCCACUGAAUCACUGUAGGGGAGAUGAAACACAUACAUGUGCAUGUUCAAGUCUUCUGUCUCAUAGAGCAGCAAUGCGAGGGCAUUCUAAUAUCCGAUCUAGUUUCAGGGCAUUCUGGCAUCUUGAUUAGUAUUUUAAAUGUAAUCAAUGUGUUAGUCCCUUGAAUGCAGCCGCCACCACAGCCUCUGCAGUGGACAUGAGUGGUUCCGCCUCUAGUCGGCUCUUUGUGGUCUCUUACAUGACAAUCACACUCCGACCCAAACCAAAUCAGACCAGGGGGGCCGAGGAAGGACUGGGCCGAGCCGGGGUGCUAGCUCUCUGGGUCAGCGCCGACGGAAUCGCAGCAGCCUUCCCUUAUAGCGCCCAGCCCCACUCCUUAGAUACCAAGCUACACACACAUUUGUACAUUCCCAUUUUUCCAAAAUUCCAUGCGCACAACAUUCUCACACACACGUGUGGCAUGUACACAAUUCUGCGUGGGCUGGACUUUGUAAGGGAAUCGAGCCAAAGGGAAAGACACCGCAAACACAAGAGCACUGAAACACACCCACACACACACACACACACACACACACAGAGGAGGGUAUGGCUGUCUGGCCACAGUGUGUGAGUGGAUGCACCGUGUAACCCCCGAAUCAUCAGUAUGAACACAAUUAGACUUUGAGUUCCUAGAUUAGUGUCGCUGUGUGCUGUUGUCUGCUAUAUAUACCGGACCACCUUGUUCAGGUGAGCCACAGGGAUCAGUCUCGGGGGUCCCCGGAGAUUUGCUUAGUAAUGUACAGUAUAUAUGUACCAUAUUCACAUUCUCCUGUCUCCACUUGUGCAAAAAUCUUUUCCCCUCUCGGAAGGGUGUAGCGUCCAGAUGCUGAGGGCGCGCGUCCCUGAGGCCAGCCUGUAAGGGGCGGGGCUUAUUUGGAGCCAUUUGGGCACCAAGCUCGGAAAUGUAGGGCAACCCCCACCCACCAUAAACUAUACCCCUCCCCUAAAAAAAUAAUAAAAAAAAUAAUAAUAAAAAAAAAAAAACAACAAAAGGUGCCCCGUCCCUCACAGGCAAACCCAGCCGCACCCUAAAGGGCUAUCAGCUGAAGUCACUUUUUAAAUGCUGGUUGUUGGUUGGUGAGAGUCUUGAGCAGCAGGGGCCCCGAAGAGAGCCAAGGAUUAACGGAUUAAGAUUGUAAAGGCAAAGAGUGUGAGGAAUGUUAACAGAGAGAGAUUCUGACCGGGGAGAAAAAUAAUAAAAUCAAAUGAAUGAAUGUUCAUCUGGAAGAGGAAUGUGUGUUUUGUCAAAGAUGGAGAGAUUAUUAAUGAGAUUAUUUAAUGUCCAAUCUAUGUAACAUCCUGAGACGGGGGGCGGGGGAGGUAUGGGAAGUAAAAUACCUGAGGAGAGAGCAUGAGAGGAUGCGGGACAAAAGUCAGAACAAACACCUCACUCCGACUAGAACCUCAUCAGACUACGUUCAUCAACACCAACUAGUUGCAUGUAGCCGAGUUAGCAUACGACCAUCCCUCAGUGCAGUUUGAUUUUCUCCAGGCUCCUCAUCAGGCUUUUUUUUUUUUGCCACCGACAUGGACUUUGCUGUCCUCCCACAAGACUCCUGAUCGCUCUGCCUGGGGGGCUCCUGAAUGUAUUGGUCCCUUUGAAGUGCUGUACAGUAUUGUCAACCCUCCCCGAACCCUGGAACCUUUGACCCUCACCCCCUUCCUACAGAGCCCAGGUCUGUCCUGGACCCCCUCAAGGUCUAUAAAUCAUCGAGUUGAGUAGCGAUUUGUGAAAGUAAGUGGGUUCCUAUGCUGGCACAGGACCAGUUUGGUUCCUCUUUAGAAAAAUUUAUAGACCUUGGUCCUCCAUGCACUUGUAGAUACUUUCUAUUAUAGAUAGGUUACCCAAACAGAGCACUCCAACACUAUUGUAUUGUGUACUUCAACAUUUCUGUCCCAUUCCCUGAAUUGGAUUUUGCUAUAUAUAUAAUAUAUAUAUAUAUAUAUAUGCAAAAGUAGGAUUUACCCUCAUCUUGGUAUAAUAUUGGUUCAUGUGUAAUACUACUAUUCUAAUUCUUACUGCCAUUCUGAUUGAUUUGCAUCGAGGCAAUAAGUUCUUUUUUCUUCUGUCUGGAUUGUUGAUAGUGUGAGAGUCUUCCCUGUGAGCUUGUUUCUUUUCACAAAGGUAGAAGGACUCUUACCUACUUUGUCGUCAUUCGGAUGUGUAUUGUAAAGUUUAAAUAUAUAUAAAUACCUAUACAAAGUAAGCUGUCUCUGUCCAUGUACUGAACAAGUAAUAACGAAUAAGAAAUAAAGACUUUAUGUC